UUAUUGCUCUAUGCUGGCUUUGCUCAGAUUUUUUGCAUAUUAUCUUUUCCCGUUAGACACGCUUAUGACUUCAGAUGAGGAAGAGAGCCACAGCGCAUUACUGUCACUUGAUUAAGUCCAUCGGUCCUUCGUUGUGCCACCAGCCUCCAGUCUUGACCGUUCAUACCCGUCACGUCAGUCAAAAUGGGAAAUAUCCACUCUGCAUGCCAAAUGAGCAACCACAGCCACAGGAACGUCCGGGUGUUCAUCACGGAAAAGGCUGUGGAGAUCGACGGCUUCGUCACUUCCGAGCCUGGGGGCGAUGAUAAGAUCUCGCCCGCGCUUCCGGAGGACAAGAAGUCCUGCUUCAAGACGGACAUCAACUUCAUCCGUGUGCUGGCCUCUCAGACUCGGGAAGUGCCCUGGGAGGCCCAGCACUUUGUGUCCAUCUUUGUGGAGGACGACGAUGACCAAGACAUUUGCAGCAGAAACAUCAUACACAACAUGGCUAUGAGCGCUCCUGUUACUGUGCUUCUCUAUGACGUGUAGAGCAACACCUCUUUCUCACUGUUCACUAUCCUCCACUCACACGCAGGCCAAUCAUAAAGGGGAAUAUUGUGUCUAAAUUGACAUAAUAAUGGAAUAGUCUCAGUGCUGUAAAGAUAUCUCUCAUGAUGCCUGCAAUAAAAUCGCCGCAAAGCGUCACGGUCUUCCAGCCUUUUGCAUUUUGUCAUUACUAAGUAAAAUGAGAUUACACAUUCAUCAGGCGUCACUCUCCCGGCGUGACUGUCCCUCUGGGAUCAUCUGCAUCAGUCCAGAUGUCAGGGUUGUCACUAAACUGUGGAGCCUUUAUUCAGACUGGAGGUCAGAGUUAAAUUGGAUGACAUGGAGCUGGGCUCUCACACACCCACAUGGUUGUUUUGCAAAAGAAAGUCUUUGUGACACCAUUGUUUGAUCAUGCACAAAAAAUUAGCGCAAUCCAUUUGUGGGUCAGCUUGAAAAGAAGAUAAUAGAACAUAUUUGUUCAUGUUUACUGCUUUUACUUCUUAACACUUACUUUACGUUUUAUGAAAGCAGAUCGUAUGUGAUGUCUUUAACCACAAUCAGUUUUAAUGUAGGAAAAGGAAAAGUUGAAUUAUAUUUCUCUGAUUUGCAUGUGUGUGUGUGUGUGUGUGUGUGUGUGUGAAAGCAAACCAUAUUGAUCUGUGUGAGCACUUUUUACUUUGUACCAUCAGCUUGUGCUUUAUGAAUAGGCCUUAUCUUGACUUUGCUGGUACAGGCAGCAUAUUUUAUAAUGAAUAUGAAAAGUGAAUGACCAAGCAAAAAAUUAGUUAUGUUACAAAACAGUGAGUCAUGGGUGUCUAAACCACAACCCCCCCUUGACCACCUGACUUAUUCAGCAUCAGAAACCUUUGGUGUGGGGAUACUCUGUCAUUGGACAUACCAUAGAAGGUAUCAUAGAAAGCAGAACAACACUGUUGUCACUCUUUGGGACGAUCAUUGAGCAGAAAGAGAGCAAGGAGGCAGGAUUCACAUGAAGGAGAGAAGCACUCGACAAACAUGAGGUCGUCUGUGCUUUUCUACCUCACCUACACACUGUGUCUUUCUUUGGGCCUGCUCUGCGUGCUGUUUGUGAGCUACUGGAGCUCACACUGGCGAGGUGGUUUCGCCUGGGAUUAUUCUGCCCUGGAGUUCAACUGGCAUCCUGUGCUCAUGGUGUCCGGGAUGGUGGUUCUCUAUGGCAAUGCUGCUGUUGUGUAUCGUGCACCGUUCACCUGGAAGCAGAAUAAGCUCACCUGGAAGCUGGUGCACGGCGGACUGAUGUUUUUGGCAUUGCUUCUGUCCAUCGUGGGCCUGUGUGCUGUGUUUGACUCCCACAAAGGCUUAAACCUCCCUAACAUGUACUCUCUGCACAGCUGGGUGGGCAUCUGCACUGUAGCAAUGUUUGCAUUACAGUGGAUUCUCGGCUUGGCUGGUUUCUUGUUUCCUUGUUCUCCACUGUGGUUCCGAAGCUCCCUGAAACCUAUCCACAUUUGGGUGGGAAAAGCCAUCUUGAUCCUCGGUCUGGCCUCCUGCAUCAGUGGUAUUGAUGAGAACUUGCUGCUUGCGCUCAAUGAAAGCAGUGCUGAGCCUUACAACUCGCUGCCCUUGGAAGCAAGAUUUGCAAAUUCCCUCGGCAUCCUCAUCGUGGCCUUUGUAUUGGUUGUCUUUGGAAUCUUAUCCAAAGACAAAUGGCAGAGGCCAGAAGCAGACGGGGAAAGUUUUCAUCUCCUGCACACUGAAGACAACACAAGAAAUUGAUACCACUAAUGUGCCCUUUUUUUAUUCCAACCAAAUGAAAGCUGUGCUUAAUCUCACUGACACUAACAGAAAAAACAGUGUUUUUUGUUGUUCAAAAACUAACUGAUGACUUUUCAUGUUUGUUUAAGUUUUUCUUUGAUAUGAGAAUGAGAAAAAAUCUUUUUAAUCAAAUGGGAAAACAUUUAUUGUAAUUUGCAAUAUAGUAGAUGUUUUUUUUUUCCAAUUUCUUGGAUGAUUUGUUCUUUGAAUAUGCCUUAUAUAACCUAUGGUCAUGCAUAAUUUGAUCAAAUCAAUCAAUAAAUCAUUAAACCUUGUUAACUUAAAUUCUGCUGACGAUGUAUCAUACUAAUUGAUGACUUUUCAUGUUUUUCAAGAUUUUUCUUGAUAGGUAUGAGAAAUAAUCUUUUUAAUCGAAUGGGAAAACAUUUCUUGUAAUUUGCAAUAUAGUAGAUGUUUUUUUUUCCAAUUUCUCAGAUGAUUUGUUCUUUGAAUAUGCCCUAUAUAACCUAUGGUCAUGCAUCAUUUGAUCAAAUCAAUCAAUAAAUAAUUAAAUCAUGUUAACUUAAAUUCUGCUGACGUUGUAUCAUACUAUGAUACAUCGUCAGACAUCAUGUUUUUCAAGAUUUUUCUUGAUAGGUAUGAGAAAUAAUCUUUUUAAUCGAAUGGAAAAACAAUUCUUAUCAUUUGCAAGACGUGUAAGACGUGGUCUCUUUCCUCCAGAUGGGGACCUUUAUGUCAUCUGAUUGAUUAACUGGGUAAUAAGUGUAUAACUUUUUAUUUACGUUUUGUCAGCAAUAUCAUUGUAUUUGUCAUUAUCGCUAAUAUAAGUCACUUUUGUAAUUACACUUCUGAACUAAAUCUGCAGUUUUAAUGUUACACUCCAGUGUAUUACAAACCUGUGCCAUUGGUUGCCAGUGUAGUGCAACAUCUAGAUUCAGAUGGGGAUGGAGAGCAAAUAAGCAGACAGUACCAUAUUCUUUUCCAACAAUAGAAAGUUCACUAACAAGGACCACACCUGCAAAGUUAUGAAUAUUAAAGUUUAUUGCAUAUGAAGGAGGGAUGAGGGUCGAGGGAUGAAGGGUAAGGGUUUGGGGUUGAAGGGUAAGGCAUGAGAUGGAAAGUUGAAGG